AUGUUGCACACGCAGGAAGCCCCCACGUUGUACCCCUCGGAAGAGGAGUUUUCCGAUCCAAUUAGGUACCUGAAUACCAAAGAAAUUAUCAGUAUUGGAGAGCAAUAUGGAAUUUUGAAGAUCAAACCUCCCAGAGGCUGGCAGCCCCCUUUUGCUCUAAACCCCGAUACUUUCAGGUUCCAUACCCGGUUACAGACUUUGAGCGAGUUGAGUCUGACCAAUCGGUCGAGGCUCUUCUGGCUUAACGGAUUUAAUAAUUAUCUCAGGAUGAAAGGUAAAGAGCAGCUUGAAACCGGUUUCGCUGCCCUGAAGCGGCCCAUAGGAGAGCAUCAAAAUUAUACAGGCGCCAAAAAAGAAGUUCAUUUAUACGACUUAUACGUCGAAAACGAAGUCUCCUAUUAUAGGGGGAAAUUUGAGGACGAAGCCCUUUACCGGGAUUUUGUCCAGUACCUACGCUUUUUGAAGAAUAAAGGAGAGGAGAAACCUUCCAGAACAAGUGUCGGUUCUCAGAUGAAGGAGUUGUUUAAGAAAAAGAAAAGCAACGCGUGUGAAAAAUGCGGCAAGCUGGAUGAGCCGGAUACUAUUCUCAUUUGCGAUGACUGUAACAGAAAUUUCCACAUGAGAUGUUUGGACCCAGUUUUGAAGGAAGUCCCCGAUACCGACUGGUUCUGUGACGACUGUCUGAAAGGCUCCUCUGCUGAAUACGGUUUCGAAGAGGACUUUGAGUCGAUAUACACCAUUCGAGAGUUUGCCCGUGAGUGCGACGCCCUCAAGACGCAAUAUUGCAACGAAAUGUUCAACGGAAAUAUGAAUCCUUCCGUGGACGCGAUUGAAAAAGUGUUUUGGAGACUUGUCGACACGCAGGAUGAAGAGGAUGAAGAUUUUGAGGUCCGAUAUGGUGCCGAUAUCCAUAACGAUGGGCCUGGUGAAGUUUCCGGCUUUCCAACAAGAUCACAUCCUUUCAAGGAGGAGUAUAGCAAGUACCUUGACCAUCCAUUCAAUUUGACAAACCUGCCUUUCGCCAGGGGCUCGCUUCUCAGCUAUAUCAAAGAGAACCGCGACCAGAUAUCAGGGAUGACCAUUCCCUGGAUGUACAUCGGUUCCAUGUUUUCGACGUUCUGCUGGCACAAAGAAGACCAUUACACACUGAGCGCCAACUACUGCCAUAUGGGAGCCACGAAAAAAUGGUACGGGAUUCCCGCUGCCGAUUGCGAGAUAUUUGAAAGUGUGUGUCAUGACCUUUGUCCGGACUAUUUUUCCAAACAGCCAGACUUACUACACCAGUUGGUGUCAUUGUUGUCACCGGACCGCAUUACAGAACUCGUUAGACAGAAAUUUGGCCGGAAGAUCCGCAUCUUCUCUGUCAACCAAGAGCCCAAUGAGUUUGUGAUCACCUUCCCCAAGGUUUACCACGCGGGCUUGAAUUGCGGUUUUAAUGUAAACGAGGCAGUCAACUUUACUAUGCCGUACUGGUUACGCUAUGGAAAGCAGGCCAUCGAUGAAUACAAGCCGGUGAAGAAGGAAAAUGUGUUCAAUCAUUUCAAGCUAUUGCGCAAUAUUUUGGAUGAUUUACGGGCUAACCGAGGAAUGCGGGAUGUUUGGUGGACCGACUUCGAGAUUUCCAGCAUCUCUUCCAUGAUGAAAACAGCACUUGUCGAUUAUUUGACGGCUGUGCGCAAUUACAAAGCCAAGAUCUCCAGCAGAGAGAUUCAGUCCCUUCUCCACGGCUUGGAAGUUGUUGAUUACCAGGAUUACAUAAAAUCGCGCAAAGAGGACCAUCUUUCCCGCCGAGCAGACAAGCUCUUUGGCCGCAAAGGAACAAUGAGCACCGAAGAGGAGGCCGAUGAGAUCAUAUGCAUGAACUGCAAGGCGUACCCGAAUUUCAAAUGGCUUGAGCUGGACAUGCUGAAAAAAGUGCAGCUAGAUAUUGACAAGUACAACGAAUUGCAGGAGUCGCUUUUGCCAACACCGAACCAUACGCCUAAGCAGGAUCAUGCAGCUAGCUUUUUUAGAGAGGAGGAUGGGGUGAUCAUCAUCGUAGACGGCGACGAUGAGCCUCGCGGGAAGCGUCGCUCGAACGAACCGGAUGAAGAAACGCCUGUGAGAAAAUCGAGGAGAUUGGCCAAGAAGAGCGAGUCGCCUGCUCCUCAGCCAAUUGACGAAGCAAAGCUGGAGCAUGAAGCAAAUCUCAGCCUUUUGAGACGUAUAAAGAGAAGAAGAAAGCAGUUUCCAAACUAUGGCAAGGUCUACAUGUGCCUAAACUGUCUGGAACAACGUCUAGAUGACUUCGAUCGUGAUCAAUUAAAGCACUGUGGAGCAGUGUUCCUUGAAAACGAGUUCAGAGAGUUGGAAAACUAUCUUACUGACCAAUUGGGUGCUGAAAUUGAGAUUUGA